AUGAAGGAUGAAGGUGACGAGGCCAACUCCAGGGCGCAGGAGAGGAACAGGAAAAUCAAGGCCUGGCAGAUGCGCGCGGCUCAAUUCAUGGACGGCAGCCGCCUCACCAUCAUCGUGAGGGGCCACCUCUACUGGGCCAUGGACGGAGGCGCAGCGCACCUGGAAGGCCGAGGCCAGGCCACCAUGAUCCGCAACUCGUUCCCGUUGAGUGCGCUGCUGGGGCGACCCAUCAGGGUCUUCUCCGAUCGCAACGAGCGCGAGCGCGGCCUCACGGCGCCCCAACUCGCCGGCGUACGCCUCGUCUCAGCCCUGUUCGACGGCUUCCUCGACGGCGCCGAGUUAGGGUCGAAGUUGGUGACCUUCCGGCCGGGCGACCAGCGGUCUGCGUACGCACGGACGGAGUACACCGCCCAUGGCGCGCCCGGGAGUGUACCGUGGCUGAUUCACAUGUCACUGCCUUGCCUCGUUUUUGCCCCGCGUGAGACCCUGGUCACGUACCGCGGUGGCACGAACGUGCUCACAGCGCUGCAGGUGGCCUACUGCACCACAGUGUUCAAGCCCAUUGUACAACGGAUGGGCGUUGAGUUCGACGUGGAUGUGGAUCAGAGCACCGGCGAUGUACAGAUGCGAACAAGGCCACUCGAGGACACCGUGCGACCCAUCACCCUGUGUGAGCGCGGUAAGGUCGAAACAAUCCACAUUUGCUGCUUUGUUACUGCGUCCAGCCCCAAGCACGAGGCUGAGAGAAUGAUCGUUGCAGCACAAAGUGUGAUUGUGGACUACCUCAGCAAGCAUGAGGAGCAACAAGUGCACGUCAAGGAGGAGAUUGUUCUGGUGGACACAGUUGCUGAUGGUGACCAUAUAGGUCUAAUCAUCACUGCUACCACCACCACUGGUUGCAUCUUUGGCAGCUAUGCACACAGCAAGAAGGGCAAGUUUGCUGAGAAGGUUGCCAACAAGGCAGCAGCCAGCAUACUGAAGAACUUGGAGUAUGGGGGAUGCACAGAUGAAUACUUGCAGGAUGAACUGAUAAUCUUCAUGGCACUGGCAGAAGGCACAUCCAAGAUCAAGACUGGGCCACUUUCACUUCACACAAAAGCAGCUAUCUUCUUCACACAGCACCUCACUGGGGCAGAAUUCCAGGUUACCCAGGCUGACACAGCAGAUACAUACUACAUCCAAUGUGAAGGUGUUGGUUUCAUCCAUGUCCUCCAAGGCACAAGUAAACAUGCCAGGGAGUUAUGUUGUGGUGGAAAUCAAUUUUCCUGUCUAAUUCUGUACAGCACUGCAACAAUCAGAAUAAAAAUGAAAACAAAAAUUUAG